AUGUCCGUCACAAAUGGCAGUCUCAUAACAGAAUUCAUUCUCCUGGGGCUCACCAGUCGCCCCGAGCUCCAGCCGGUCCUCUUUGUGCUGUUUCUGACAGUCUACCUCAUCACCCUCUUAGGCAACCUGGGCAUGAUUCUGUUGAUCAGACUGGACUCUCGUCUUCACACACCUAUGUACUUCUUCCUCACAAACUUGGCCUUUGUAGAUGUGUGCUACACUACCAAUGCAACACCACAGAUGCUGGUUAACUUCUUAUCAGAGAAGAAGAGCAUCACCUUUGUUGGCUGCUUUAUACAGUGUUACAUCUUCAUUGCUCUUCUCCUCACUGAGUUUUACAUGCUGGCAGCAAUGGCCUAUGACCGCUACGUGGCCAUAUGCAACCCUCUGCGCUACAGUGUGAAGAUGUCUAGAACUGUCUGCAUCUGCUUGGCCACAUUUCCCUUUGUCUAUGGCUUCUCAGAUGGGCUGUUCCAGACCAUCCUGACCUUCCGCUUGACCUUCUGCAGGUCCAAUGUCAUCAACCACUUCUACUGUGCUGACCCGCCCCUUAUCAAGCUUUCUUGCUCUGAUACUUAUGUCAAAGAGCAUGCCAUGCUCAUAUCAGCAGGCUUCAACUUGUCCAACUCCCUCACCAUCAUCCUGGUGUCCUAUGCCUUCAUUCUCACUGCCAUCCUCCGCAUCAAGUCCGCAGAGGGAAGGCGCAAGGCUUUCUCCACCUGUGGUUCCCACAUGGUGGCUGUUACCCUCUUUUAUGGGACACUGUUCUGUAUGUAUGUGAGACCACCAACAGAUAAGACUGUGGAAGAAUCCAAAAUAAUAGCUGUGUUCUACACCUUUGUUAGCCCAGUGCUUAAUCCGUUGAUCUACAGUCUGCGGAAUAAGGAUGUAAAGCAGGCAUUGAAGAGUGUUCUCAGGCGAAAACUGGUCACUAAGAUGGCAGUGCCAUAA